AUGUUUGGCAUGUCCAUUUUAGAGGCAUUGCAAAGGUCAUUUGAAAUGGCAGAAUGUUCAUUUGUUUGCUUUGGUGGAAACACUUUUUCUGUGAUGAAAGUUGGAAAACAAUACUUUCUUUUUGAUUCCCAUGCACGAGAUCAGAGUGGAUUACUUGAUGCUAAUGGAAGAAGUACAUUGAUUGGAGUAGAGACACUGGAAGGUGUGGCACAACAUUGUUUGCAGUUGGCAUUAUCUCUCUCUGUUGACCAGAAUUCUCAAUUUGAAGUAACGCCAGUAAAUAUCAUUAAAUUAGGUACUGAUGACAUACAUAUAGUAGAGGAAAGUUCAUCUGAUAGAGCAGCAGAAAUUGAAAAAGGUGGUGUCCUUCUAGAUAGAUAUUUUGAUGAUCAAGAAUGUAGACUGAAAAAUAUGGUCAAAAGAAAGGAAAAGGAAGGAAAAAUCAAAUAUUCCAGAAAGGAGUACAUUAGAAAUUACAUGAAAAAUUGGAGGAAAAAUGAACAUGCUAGAAAUAUUGAGAAAGUAAGAGACAAAUUGGCAAAGCAAGAAAAAAGAUUAGACAAUACAAAAAGAACCAUUGAGAAAGAAAGGGACAAAACAGCAAGACAAGCCAAACGGUUAGACAAAGAGUCAAGAAACAUUGAGAAAGGAAGAGAAAGAGCAACAAAACAGAUAAAACGAUUAGACAAAGAAAUGAGAUGCACUGAGAAAGAAAGGGACAAAAAUGCAAGACAAGCCAAACGGUUAGACAAAGAGUCAAGAAACAUUGAGAAAGGAAGAGAAAGAGCAACAAAACAGUUAAAACGAUUAGACAAAGAAAUGAGAUGCACUGAGAAAGAAAGGGACAAAAAUGCAAGAAAAGCCAAACGGUUAGACAAAGAGUCAAGAAACAUUGAGAAAGAAAGGGACAAAAUAGCAAGACAGGCCAAACGGUUAGACAAAGAGUCAAGAAACAUUGAGAAAGAAAGGGACAAAACAGCAAGGCAAGCAAAACGGCUAGACAAAGAGUCAAGAAACAUUGAGAAAGAAAGGGACAAAACAGCAAGGCAAGCAAAACGGCUAGACAAAGAGUCAAGAAACACUGAGAAAGGAAGAGAAAGAGCAACAAAACAGGUUAAACGAUUAGACAAAGAAAUGAGAUGCAUUGAAAAAGAAAGGGACAAAAUUACAAAGAAAAGAAAGAGAAAUGACCCAAUAUUUAGACUUUCUGAGAAAGAAAGAGAGAGAAAUGCUAAGCAAAAACAAAGAGCAAAUAUAGACAUAAUGAAUAAUGAACGUGACAGAGAUGUCAGAAGAAAAAGGAAGUGUAGGGAAGAUUCUGCAUUUCUUGAAAUGGAACGCAUAAGAAAAUCUGUGAAGAGAAACAAUAUUGACUAUCGUGAGAAUGAACAGUCUAGAGAAAAGAGUGCUAAAGCCCAAAAAAGAAAAGAUCCUCAGUUUUGUAGGAAGGAAAAUAUUGCAAGAAAACGCAGAAAGAAUGGAACAUCACUUACAAAUGCAAUAUAA